CGGGCCAUCGCAGCCGGGAGCGCUCCUGCCCAGCGGGGAUGCGCUUCGGGCAGCCCGCGGGAGCGCGAGGCCGCGGGGUCUUCGGAGAAAAAGCUGGAGGCGGCGGCGGGCGCGCGCAAGGAACGCGCAAUGGCCGGGCCAGGCGUGCGCCGCAGGUUGCGCUUGGGCCCAAGCGAGGCUGGGGCUCCGUUCCGCAUCUUUCCGCCCGUACACGGGAUUGCAACUCCCAUGGGGAGGAGAAGAGGGUCUCCGCGGAGUUAAUUCACGCGGAGGAUGGUGGCCAUGAUGCUCUGGGUGGCGCUCAGCCUGUGUGGCUGGCUCUGCCUCUACGCCUGGUCCUGCCAUCAUUACCACGGGCGCGGCUGCGAAUGGAGCUGCCGAUUGGUCACACUGACCCAUGGGGUCUUUGCCACCUGUCUCUCUGGCUACAUUGGGUUUAUUGAUGGUCCCUGGCCCAUGACUUACCCAGGGUUCCCAAAUACAGUGCUUCAGGUCCACGCGUUGUGCAUCAGUUUGGGCUACUUCCUGUUUGACCUGGGCUGGUGCGUCUAUUUUAAGGCCGAAGGACCCUUGAUGUUGGUGCACCACUCAGUCAGCAUCCUGGGCAUCAGCGCCUCCCUGGCCUUGGGCGAGUCGGCCGCCGAGGUCAAUGCCGUCAUCUUUGGCAGUGAACUCACCAACCCUUUCCUGCAGGCCCGCUGGUUCCUGCGGGAGAAGGGGCUGUACCCCAGCUUGAUAGGCGACGUGGUGGACUUCCUCUUUGUGGUGCUUUUUGCUGGCGUGAGGAUCGGGGUUGGGGCUUGGCUGAUGUACUGCGUGUUGUUGUCCCCCAGGCCCAGGGUCUUCAUCAAGGUUGGAGGUCUCAUAAUGUAUGCAGUAUCUUGCUUUUUCAUGGUAAGCAUUUUCCAAUUUGCCCGGCGCAAAACCAUGAAGAAAUAUCACGCGUGGAAGGCUUGGUGGAACAAAGAGGUGGACUUGAACACCAAUGGAUAUCUCAAGAGUCACUGACCCAAUCGUGGAUUGUCCAUCCAAGAUUUAGCAUCAGUAAUUAGUCUGGGCUGCACCUGCAAGAUCUUGUUUGAAAUGCCAUCUCUAUCAGCACGAAGGGGACCAAGACAACGUAGGUAGAUCACAGGAUUAAGUCUGGAGAAAUCCAGGAUCCACCUCCCUGCUCAACCGUGAAACUCAGUUGGGUGAUGGUGGUCUUGCUUCAUCUCUGAGCCAUCUACUUCACAGAACUGUUGGAGGAUGAAAGGAGACAACCACCACCAGGGAUGUCCUAAGCAAGGUGAAAAGGUGGAAGAUAAGUAUGAUAUAGAGUGAGAUGCCUCAGAUGUUGCAAGCCAGAGUAGAGUUGAUUCCUGUUUCAGCCCAGUGCAAAUGCUUAUGCUUAGUGGAAUGUGUCACACACCCUCCUAUUGUGGGGGGAACUUUUCUAAUAAUCUUUCUAUUUUUCAAAGUUAAGGCAUAAUCCCAUUAACCCAGGAGUAUUUCUUAAGAAUCUUCUGGUGGGGUUGGUUGCCAUUACAAACUUUUCCUUUGGAAAAGUUGUAUUUUCUUUUCUCUUCUUCUCUGUACUUGAGCUAAGUUGACUAGAUGAAAGAUGGGUAAGAUAUAGAUAUAGCAGAGCACAGUCCAUGGUGUUAAAUAAUUUAGAAUGGAUUCUUCAUGGGUCUUCUUUGGAGGACAAUGAAAUUAUAGGUCAUCAAUUCUUCUCUGGUAUUAAAUAGAUAGAGAAAAUCUAUUUAUCUAUCUAUCCAUCCAUCCAUCCAUCCAUCCAUCCAUCUAUCUAUCUAUCUAUCUAUUUGUCUAUUUAUCUGUCUGUCUAUCUGUCUAUCCAUCCAUCCAUCCAUCCAUC